CCCAGUUCAAGCUUUUCCAAUCUGGCUCCUUAUCCAUAACGUGUGUACUGUAAUCCUACCGAAUCUAAAUGAAAGUUUGUCUGGAAAAACGCUUUCUCAAUCUCAAAGCACAUUCUAACUUCUCCACUGCCAAGUUUCCCGCACUCCCAACUUUCUUUGUGAAUUUCCAUCUCCUGUCGCUUCCUAAAUUUAACUCUCCACCGUAUUCUUUUGCAGAAAAUGAUAAUCCAUAAUCUUUGAACACGAUCAAGAUACCAUUAACAUGACUCUAUUUUCCACUGAGUUUCUCCCUCAUUCAAUCUCUUUUACUACACAACCGCUAAAACCCACUUCAAAUUCACUUCAUAGCACUAUAGUUAGCUGCAUAAGACCUGAGCUGAAUGAUGCUAACAAGGUGAGAAACCCACAAAAAGUCAGGGUUUCAGCUGAAACAAGACAAACCCAUGUCUUAUCCUUUGAUUUCAAAGAGGUUCAUCUCAUGAAACUGCUUAAUAGGUCUUGUAGGGCAGGCAAGUAUAACGAAUCGCUUUAUUUUCUCGAGUGCAUGGUCGAUAAAGGUUACACUCCUGAUGUUAUUUUGUGUACUAAGCUUAUCAAAGGUUUUUUCAAUUCAAGAAAUAUAGGAAAGGCUACUAGAGUUAUGGAAAUUCUGGAAAGAUAUGGUAAGCCUGAUGUUUUUGCUUAUAAUGCAUUAAUUAGUGGGUUUAUUAAGGCUAAUCAAUUGGAAAAUGCUAACAGAGUUCUUGAUAGGAUGAAAAGUAGAGGAUUUUUGCCAGAUGUUGUUACAUAUAAUAUAAUGAUUGGGAGUUUUUGUAGUAGGGGAAAGCUUGAUUUAGCUUUGGAGAUUUUUGAAGAACUGUUGAAAGAUAAUUGUGAGCCAACUGUGAUUACGUACACUAUUUUGAUAGAGGCAACCAUUCUUGAUGGUGGGAUUGAUGUAGCUAUGAAGCUUUUGGAUGAGAUGUUAUCAAAAGGGCUUGAACCUGAUACUUUGACUUAUAAUGCGAUAAUUAGGGGAAUGUGCAAAGAAAUGAUGGUGGAUAAAGCUUUUGAGCUUCUUAGGAGCUUGAGUUCAAGGGGUUGUAAGCCAGAUAUAAUCACUUACAAUAUACUAUUACGAACACUUUUGAGUCGAGGGAAAUGGAGUGAAGGGGAAAAAUUAAUAAGUGAGAUGAUUUCAAUAGGCUGUAAGCCAAAUGUUGUUACUCAUAGCAUUUUGAUUGGCACACUGUGUCGUGACGGCAAGGUUGAGGAAGCAGUGAACUUAUUGAGGUCUAUGAAAGAAAAGGGUUUGAAGCCUGAUGCCUACUGUUACGACCCACUGAUUGCUGGUUUCUGCAGAGAGGGGAGAUUAGAUUUAGCUACUGAAUUCUUGGAGUAUAUGAUCUCCGAUGGUUGCUUGCCUGAUAUUGUGAACUACAAUACAAUAAUGGCUGGUUUGUGCAGGACUGGAAAAGCUGAUCAAGCUUUGGAAGUCUUUGAAAAACUAGAUGAAGUGGGUUGUCCUCCAAAUGUUAGUUCUUACAAUACAUUGUUCAGUGCAUUAUGGAGUUCUGGAGAUAGAUAUAGGGCCCUGGAAAUGAUACUGAAGCUGCUCAAUCAGGGAAUUGAUCCAGAUGAAAUAACAUAUAAUUCACUCAUUUCAUGUUUGUGCAGAGAUGGAAUGGUGGAUGAAGCUAUUGAGCUGUUGGUAGAUAUGCAAAGUGGUAGGUACCGGCCUAAUGUCGUCAGUUAUAACAUAAUUCUUCUGGGUUUGUGUAAAGUAAAUAGAGCCAAUGAUGCCAUUGAGGUGCUAGCAGCAAUGACUGAAAAGGGAUGCCAGCCAAAUGAAACCACUUAUAUCUUGUUGAUUGAAGGCAUUGGCUUUUCAGGAUUACGAGCUGAAGCUAUGGAGUUGGCUAAUUCUCUUCACGGUAUGAAUGCUAUUUCUGAAGAUUCAUUCAACCGUCUGAAUAAGACCUUCCCUUUGCUGGAUGUGUACAAAGACCUCACUUUCUCAGAUGGCGCUAAUGGAACAUAAGACUUGUGAGGAACAUCUUGAGCUUCUGGUAUAGGAUUGUCAGACAUAUUUAAAAAGAUAAACAGAAUGAUUUUUAUUAACAGGAAGAAUACAGGAUUUCAGAUAUGGAGAACCAACCUGUCAGGUUCAGCAAUUGAUUUGAGAUAUUUUUAAAUCUCGAUGACUGUUCCUGUAUUGCAUUUUAUGUUUAGCCAUGGGCAGUAAAGAUUCAUCUUGCAAAACA